CUGAUGGUAUACCUCCAGAGCUCGGUUUCAUGGCAGAGCUUGAGUAUCUUGAUCUCUCCAAAAACAGAUUGAGCAAUUCCAUUCCAGAGAGCUUUGGGAACUUCUUGAAACUGCACCACUUGAAUCUGAGUCACAACAACCUGGGCCAUGGAAUCCCAUCUGAGUUGCGUAAGCUUGAUCAGCUAUCCCAGCUAGAUUUGAGUUACAAUUUUCUCUCAGGAGAAAUUCCUAUGGAGUUGGAUAGCUUGCUGAGCUUGUCGGUACUAAACGUGUCCCAUAACAAUCUUUCUGGUGAAAUUCCAAGCACUUUUGAUAAGCUUCUUGGUUUAAUGUUUGUGGAUAUAUCUUACAAUGAAUUGUCCGGUCCGAUUCCGAAAAACAAAGCUUUUCAAAAUGCUUCAAUACAAGCUUUACAGGGAAACAGAGGAUUAUGUGGGAAUGCUAAGGCGUUAAAACCAUGUAAAUAUUCAAACUCCAAAAGUUCUCAAAAAAUUCUGGGCAUCAUUUUUCCAAUUCUGGGUUCUCUGCUAUUUGUUUUCUGCAUAAUAUUUAUCAUUUUACUAAGAAGGAAGAAAGUUCUGCAAACAGAGGAGAUAGAAAUGUAUGACAUGAAUCAACAAGUGCUUUCGAUAUCGAAUUUCGUCGAUGGAAAAGUUCUGUAUCAAGAAAUCACCGAAGCAACUGAAGAUUUCGAUGCUGCAUAUUGCAUUGGGAAAGGACGAACUGGAAGCGUGUACAAAGCAAAGCUACAUUCAGCUAAUGAUUGCUUUGUAGCCGUGAAGAAGCUUCACCAACCAGACGACGGCGAUCAGAGGACAUACGAAAAGGAGUUCUUGAGUGAGAUAAGAGCAUUGACGAAUAUACGACAUCGAAACAUUGUGAAGCUUCAUGGUUUCUGUUCUCACUCUAGGCAUUCGUUUUUGAUCUAUGAGUACCUUGAGAAAGGAAGCCUGAAAGCAAUGUUGAGCAAGGAAGAUGAAGCAAGGGAAUUGGAUUGGAAUAAGAGGGUGAAUAUUAUUAGAGGUGUGGCUCAUGGAAUGUCGUACAUGCACACUCAUAUUUUUCCUCCGAUUGUUCAUAGAGACAUAUCCAGCAAAAACAUUUUGCUGGAUUCUGAUUACGAGGCUUGCAUUUCUGACUUUGGCACUGCUAAGCUUUUGGAGCAGGAUUCGUCCAAUUGGACUGCUUUGGCUGGGACUAUUGGAUACGUAGCACCAGAGCUUGCUUACACACUGAGGGUGAAUGAGAAAUGCGAUGUGUAUAGUUUUGGAGUAUUGGCUGUAGAAGUGAUUAAAGGAAAGCAUCCAGGAAAUCUAAUAUGUUCUCUAUCAUCACCAACUAGUAGAGGAGACAUACUACUGGAAGAUGUGUUAGACGAACGGCUUCCAUAUCCGGCGGCUGAAAUAUUGGAUCAAGUAGUUGCUAUAUUAAAGCUCGUAGUUGCAUGCUUACAGGAAAAUCCAAGAAAUAGGCCAACUAUGCACGAUGUUUCUGUCAUUUUGUCAACCCAAAUGUCACACUCCUGCCACAGGUACACCGGGAAAACUAUAGCUGAUCUCUUAGCUUUUAAGGGAUCGAUCAAUAGCGUUGACCAUUGA